UGUUGGCGGCGCGAACAUGCAGCUGUGCUAAGUUAUCCCGGGGAAUACCCUAUCCCGAAUAUACCCGGGCAUGGCACACAGGGGAUGUAUAGUGAACCCGGAUAUACCCGGGACCGGCAGCUUAAGGGUUAAGUUGUCAAAGCAUGUCUGUAUUGAGUGCAUGGUUAGACUGAAAACAAAGAAUUAUUCAUUAACAAGUUUCCCACUUUCAGGAAUAUCUGUCACAGUGCUGGACUUUGGAGGGCAGGUCUUGGAUGAGACAAGAAUCUUUGCUCCCACAGCGGUACAGCAGCACCUAAUAGAGCACAUUGCUGCCAGGGCCUUUUCUGCAUUUCCCAUGCACGGCUUUACCGUCAGAUGGCCAGGAGGAAGACCCAUUCCCUUGGGGACAUCGCUGGACCCUCUCACAGCCCAGAACAUCAUACUGCAGAUGUACCAUGCUGAUGAGGGAGACAGCUCAUGGCAAUGGAGGAUUGUUGAGGAGGAAGUGACAGGAAGGAGUACAUACAUGUAUGCUGUGGAGGCUAAUAUCCAUCAGCAAGUGAAUGGUGGAGGGGAGCAGAGGGAACAGGACUGGGACACAAGUACACAUGGAAGUAGAGGGGAUGAGGGGGAGAAAGUGAGGGAUGAUGGUGACAAAGGAUAUUUGUGUACCAUCUGCCUGGAUACAGAAGUGGAUUUACUAGUGGAAAUCUCAUGCAAACACUGCUUCCAUCAGAUGUGCUUGCAGAGAUGGCUACAGUGGCAAAAUAAGUGCCCAGUGUGCAGAAAAGAGAAUCCUCAGAUCCUGGAAAGGGAGUCAUAAGGAUGUUGACAGAAGAGUUGUCUCCAUUCAGACAAUAAGAACAGACAUCUCUUAUCAAGGGCAUCAAUACACCAGUCUAGAUAUCAAAGGCCUAGUGAAGCUAGGCAAUAAAACGUUUGUGAAACUGGGUAAAGCAAAUCUAAUGUUACAGUACUAAGAUGAAAAAUUGGUACAGAUGCUGAAGCUACUAAGUGCUAUACAGAACAUGAGCACCUAGCAAACUUAGACUUGUGUUGUUACAUUGAACAUAAAUGUAUUCAUAAACUGCCCACAUGUGCUGUUACAGUACUAUAAUGAGUAUCAAGAUGUAACUAUUUGCAGAUGACUUAAUGAUAUGUAUAAAUGAAGAUGAACAGAAACUGAAUAUGAUGUAAAAGAUGUAAACCAGUGUUUAUACUAAUAAGUAACAAAAAACAGCUCUAUAGUUUAAGUAACUGAUUUAAAAACAUGAUAUUUAUAUUUAAGUUUAAUUUUUUUUUCAGUAAUUAUAGCUGUAAUUGAACGGAAGUGUCAUUAGACAUGUUAUCUUAAGUUUGUAAAAUACAAUAAUGAGUAAAAAGGGAAGCGAGAGUGGUUCCCAUCUUAACAUGUUGUCAGCUUCAAAGUUCAAUACAUAUGCAUAAAUAUGCAUAAUUGUGGAUAAUUUGCAUACUUAGAUUAUCUUCAUCAUCAUUCCAGGGGGUCAUCAAUGACUGCUACAUACAAUGUAUUUCCAACAUUACAUCAUUUUUACUUUUAGGUUGCAAUACUAACCUAUAUGAGUGUGAGUGUAAAGGUUUUUGAGAUAUGGGAGGUCAGUCCCAAAUUAAACUG